CGGCAACGUCCACCCUUGUGAUUGGAGUGGGGUGGCUUUAGCACGGGUGGAGUGGGUCUCGAGGGACCAUUUGGCCGACAUUUGUUGACCGCUCUCCUCCAACCCCUUCUUUAACAAUCGGUUGUGCAAUAAGCGAUAGUUUAUUUGGCCCAUGUGAAGACUUUGUCCGCGUCCCUAGCUGAGGGCUUGCGUCGGCCACACCGCGCCACCAUGACGCUCGAGCACCCCUUCGGGCCUCCACCGCCUUGACGUGUUCCCCAUGGGCAACUCCUCAUCAAGGUGUCGCGCAGUCGCGGCAAGUCCUAGGAUUUACGGUCAAGGGGCCACUGGGAACGCCCAGGGGAUGUAUAUAAGGGCCGUCACUUGGCGACAGUUGUUUUCGCACUCAUCAAUCGCUGGAGGAAGCACCUCAUCGCACCUGCCUUGUUCUACUCUACAACACCACAUCAGUCCAACAAUGUCCGAGACCAACGGCGCUUCCAACCCCGAGCUCAAGCAGCAGGCCGAGUACUCUUCCGGCGCUGCCGUCUCGCGAUUCAUCACCCCUGGCGGUAACCCCCUCGACACCAGCCAGCCUGCCUUCCCCGUCUUCCACCGCAAGUUUGGUAACCCUGCCCCUCUCGGUCUUCUCUCUUUCGGUGGUACCACGCUGGUCCUCUCGUUCUUCAACUACCAGGUUCGCGGCAUCACCCACCCCAAUGUUAUUGUCGGCCUCGCCCUCGCCCUUGGCGGUGUGGCUCAGAUGAUCUCUGGUAUCGAGGAAUGGGCAACUGGUAACACUUUUGGCGGCUCGGCCUUCACCAUCUACGGUGCAUUCUGGCUUUCGUUUGGCUACAUCUUCGUUCCCUCGUCCGGCAUCCUCAAGGCUUACGAGAACGACCCGCACCAGCUCCAGUCGGCUCUUGGCAUCUACCUUGUCAUGUGGGGUAUCCUUACUUUCAUCUUCCUCAUUGCCACGCACCGCUCCUCUGUCGCCCUUGUUGUCGUCUUCUUCCUGCUUGACGUGACAUUCUGGGUGCUUGCCGCCGGACACUUGACUGAGAAGCUCAAUGUCACCAAGGCCGGCGGUAUCCUCGGUAUCCUCACUGCCUUCGCUGCCUUCUACACGGCUCUUGCUGGUCUCCUCACCAAGGACACCAGCUACUUCCUCCUUCCCGUCGGCGACCUCUCGGGCAACUAAGCAAAGGUCGUUGCAUCGCGACUCUCGCAUUCUUUCAGGCGACUAUGUGGGGGAGAGGUUUGAAGUCAACAAGGUCCGGAGCAGCAGGCAGUGGUAGUCUACAUCGAUUUAUCUAAUGGGAAGGAACGGUCACAACAUCACUGUCGUCUCGAUGACAGCGCAGUGUGUUUGAGCUUUUUUACAGUUUGGCCAAUGCAUGGUGCUGUUUGGUG